AGAAAUCGAAUCAAACACAGACUGAACCAAUUCUCAAUUUAGGGUUUCAUCAACCCCAAUUCAACCCAGUCGAGAACAAUCGCCACCAGAGAAAGCCGUUUCACCACCACCACCGUCACCGACCACCAUGCCGAAGAACAAGGGAAAGGGAGGGAAGAAUCGCAAGAGAGGAAAGAACGAAGCCGACGACGAGAAGAGAGAGCUCGUAUUCAAGGAAGACGGCCAGGAGUACGCGCAGGUCCUCCGCAUGCUCGGAAACGGCCGCUGUGAAGCCACCUGCAUCGACGGAACCAAGCGGCUCUGCCACAUCCGCGGUAAGAUGCACAAGAAGGUCUGGAUCGCCGCCGGCGACAUCGUCCUCGUUGGGCUCCGUGAUUACCAGGAUGAUAAGGCGGAUGUGAUUCUGAAGUAUAUGCCUGAUGAGGCUAGGCUUCUGAAGGCGUAUGGAGAGCUUCCGGAUAGUACGAGACUGAAUGAGGGGAUUGGUGGUGGCUUGGAUGAGGAGGAUGAUGCUGAUGCUAAUGAUUACAUCGAGUUUGAGGAUGAGGAUAUUGAUAAAAUCUAAACCCCUUUUUUGUUUGUUUGAAUUUUAAUUAUUACUGUUUGUUUGAUGAUGAAUCAUGUGUACUAUUUUGAUGCUUUUUUGUUGAGGUUUUAUGUAUUGUGGGAUAUGGAUUAUUAUGGCGGAUUUUACUGCAAUAAUGAUGGGUUGUUAUCUUUGUUUA